UGCCCGGAUGCAGCGGGAGGAGGCGCUGCCGCCAUAUUUGCCCGGAGAGCAGCGAGCUGGUAGCUGCCGAGCCCCUCGGACCCAUCGGCUGCCAUCCGCCCCGCGCCGCCCCGCCGCCGCUCCGCCCGCAGGACAUGGACGAUCGGGAGGACCUCGUCUAUCAGGCCAAGUUGGCUGAGCAGGCUGAGCGCUACGAUGAAAUGGUUGAGUCAAUGAAGAAAGUGGCUGGAAUGGAUGUGGAGUUGACAGUGGAAGAAAGGAACCUGCUUUCUGUUGCGUAUAAAAAUGUGAUCGGAGCCAGAAGAGCUUCUUGGAGAAUAAUCAGCAGCAUUGAACAGAAAGAAGAAAACAAAGGUGGAGAAGACAAAUUAAAAAUGAUUCGGGAGUAUCGGCAAAUGGUUGAGACUGAACUGAAGUUAAUCUGUUGUGACAUUCUGGAUGUACUGGACAAACACCUCAUUCCAGCAGCUAACACUGGCGAGUCCAAGGUUUUCUAUUACAAAAUGAAGGGGGACUACCAUAGGUAUCUGGCUGAGUUUGCCACAGGAAAUGACAGGAAGGAAGCUGCAGAGAAUAGCUUGGUGGCUUACAAAGCUGCUAGUGAUAUUGCAAUGACAGAACUCCCGCCAACACAUCCCAUCCGCUUAGGACUUGCGCUCAACUUCUCUGUAUUCUACUAUGAAAUUCUUAAUUCUCCUGAUCGUGCCUGCAGGUUGGCAAAAGCAGCUUUCGAUGAUGCUAUUGCAGAACUGGAUACACUGAGUGAAGAAAGCUAUAAGGACUCUACACUUAUCAUGCAGUUGUUACGUGAUAACCUGACACUAUGGACUUCAGACAUGCAGGGUGAUGAUUCCUAAAGGAAAGUCCAACUGUUCAUUUCCUAAAAACUCUACUUUGUGAAGAACAGAAUAAAGAAGCGCUGCAGGAUGUGGAAGAUGAAAACCAGUGAGACACAAAGGCCAACAAGAGAACCCAUCUCUGACCACCCUUCCCUUUCCCCACAAAAACCCUCAGUGUCACUCUGAGAACCACCAAAUCUGACUUUUACAUUGGGUCUCAGAAUUUAGGUUCCUGCCCUGUUGGGUUUCUUUAUUUUUAUUUUUUUUACACAGUUUAAAAGUUCUUAAAGGCAAGAGUGAAUUUCUGUGGAUUUUACUGGUGCCAGCUUUUAGGUUCUUUAAGACACUAACAGGACUGCAUAAAGGCUCUUUCAGCAUUACUGUAUUGUGUUGCCAGCUGUGGUGACAUUGCCAUCAGCCCUGGAGGUGACACCUGAAGGCCCUUAGACUCGUAGGCAGAGAUUUGUCCUGGCCAAGGCAGUGCGCAUGUGGUGGCAUCUUUUCUUUUUUCUUUUUUCUUUUUUUUUUUUCUUUUUAUAACUGUUUAAACUGAAUUUUAUACCAAUGUUUCAACUUAAUUGGGUAUUUAGCUUGAAGUUACGAGGUUGCAUUGGGACAUACAUUGUAGUGGUUUUACUGUAUAAAAAACAAAAAGUUUCCAAACUGCUGAAAUGUUGCUGAAAAAAUCAUGGUGCUGGUAACAGUUCAACAAUCCGUGGCUGCUCAUUCUUGCCUGUUCUUUACUCUCCCUCCAAGCAGGUUAGCAUUGAAGGUGGCAUUGAUAAGCCUGCAUGCGUGUUCAAUAUUUUUUCUUUCUCCCUCCCCUCUCCCCAUCUCCCUUCGCUCGCUCAACCUCUUUUGUUCAGUAUGUGUAACUUGAAGCUAAUUUGUACUACUGGAUAUCUGACUGGAGCCACAGAUACAGAAUCUGUAUUGUUCUUACUGAAACACAGCAUGGAAUUAACAUUAAACUUAAAUAAAACAAACCUAAAUUAAAAAUGCCAAA